AUGGUGCAUAGUCUGACCGCUCGAAGUCUAACCAAAGAGUUCCGUCAAAUGUCUCAACUCAAUCUUCCGAGAACUCAACGAAACCGUAUGGAUAUUAAUGGACACAAACGGCCCGUUAGUCUUAUUGAAAGUGAAUCCAGUAGUCCUUCCAUACCAUGCAGUCCUACUAAUGAAGGGUAUGCUUCGGAUGAGAGUAAUACGAGUAGUAUUCAAUCCAAUUCUGGUAACGUAUCGAUGGAUGCCAAUAAAAAUAAAGCCAAUAAUGAACGCAAAUAUAGUCCAGCGAUACUGAAACGCGCCUCUUAUUGGCAAAAACGGUGUGAAAACGGAUUGAUAUCCGAUUGCGCUGUGAAUGAAGAUUUUCCUCCAAUGGAAACCAUUGCUAAAUGAAUGAAUGAAUGAAUUUUAUAUUAUAUUUUGACUAAUUUAUGAUGAAAAUGCUAUUCAAGAACAUGUUAUUGCUAUUUUAGUUUUCUUACAAUUUCAGUCAAAUCAAUGUUUUAGACACUCUUUGCCAUAAUUAGGUUUGCCAUCAGACGAGUGCUAUAACUGAGACUUAAGUUGUGUUUUGCAUUCAAUUAUUUAUUUCAUAUUCACUUCUAUUUUCUUCCUUCCUAUUGAUUGCACAGAAGA